GUAUAUUAAACAUUACAAAACUACUGACAUAAAACUUGUGGGGUGUAAGAACUAAGAAGGAGAUAAAAAUAUCGUAAUAGAAGACAUGAAAAAUAGUGCAAUGAAGCUGGCUUUCUCUGUUGCUCUCUUAUUUCUCACAAUUGGUAUGUAUCAGUUGGAUCUGAUAUCUUAGAUUUAACAUUGUUAUAAUUUGUUACUUUUAUAUUGGUUUAUUAUUAGACUCACAAUUGAUAAUGUGGAUUGUGGUUUCAAGGUUUGGAGAUGCGAGUUAUCGAAGGAAGAGGACCCAUAAUUUCGAUUAAGUGUAAGAAGUUGCAUGAUUGUACCUCGAUAUGUUGGGAUUUUGGAAAGUGCAAAGUUUGUGAUUGUAAAAAACACAAGUGUGUUUGUGCUGAUGAUGUUAAUGUUAACAAUGUCACUGUUAAUACGUCGCACCAAAUCACCAAUCCUCCAUCUCUUGGGUAUUAAUAAUGGUGUCAUAUGAUAUUGUAUCAUCAGUUGUCAGCAUAUAAAUAUGUUGCAACAAGGAAUAAAAGGGAGAGAAAUACCAAUUGUUUUUUGUUGGAGAUUUUUAUUUGGCGGAUAUAUUAACGACGUUAUAAGUUACAAUAACUUCGUUAACGAAAAGUUCAAGUAACUGUCACAUUAGUUUCAAAUCGACUAUCUGCCUACCAUGUUAUAUUAAGACAAAUAAAAAAAACCAUUUCACAAAUAAAUUUUUGAGAAUUAUAUUUAUAUACAAAAUUUAUUCCAUAUUUUCCUUAUAUAUUUUUGUUUUAUGCACGAAACAACUAACCAAAUUUAGCAUUAUGAAAAAAAUGCUAUGACUAUCACAUGAGCCAAAGUUUUCACUCUAGAGAUGCAUUUUACCAACAUAUUACAAAAGAAUUGUAGAGCUAUUUUUGGGCUGGUCCAACAAAUCCUAAAAUAAAAAUGGGCUUCCGAUCUCAGACAGAAAGCUGACGGACAGAUGGCUACCUAUUGGACUCUCACUAAUUAAACCCAAUCAAGCGAGUCUCGUUCAAAAUGAGACGAUCCGUGUCACAAGUUUCAAUUCACUCUCAGCCGUCCAUACACUAUCCAUCUACGGUCCAGAUCCCCCAUUCCCUCACCGCCCACAAAAUUUCAAUUUCCCGCUCGCAGUUAGCGAUCCGCGUCACUCGCAUUUAAUCGUUCCUGACCGUCGAUUCCUCAUUAAUCAACGCUCCAGAAUUCUCCACAGAUCCCGCCUUUUUACACACCCAAAAAAAACACGAAGGCGGAAAAUUUUCAAAUCCCCGCUUCUCCCAAUCCAAUCUAACUAUAAAUCCAUCCCCAGUUCCAUCAUCGUUCCCUCACCACGAGCAAGCUUUCAAAUUCUCAAACCCUAAAUCCCCCCAAAUUCCAGAUCUAGUUCUUCUACUCUCCCUCGAUCCUCUGAAUCUGCAAUGGCCCGCACGAAGCAGACUGCCCGCAAGUCCACCGGAGGCAAGGCCCCGAGGAAGCAGCUGGCGACGAAGGCCGCCCGCAAGUCUGCCCCCGCCACCGGCGGCGUGAAGAAGCCCCACCGCUUCAGGCCUGGAACCGUCGCUCUGAGGGAGAUCAGGAAGUACCAGAAGAGCACCGAGCUUCUCAUCCGCAAGCUUCCCUUCCAGAGGCUCGUCAGGGAAAUCGCCCAGGACUUCAAGACCGACCUCCGCUUCCAGAGCAGCGCCGUCUCCGCUCUCCAGGAGGCCGCCGAGGCUUACCUCGUCGGGCUGUUUGAGGACACCAAUCUCUGCGCCAUUCACGCCAAGAGAGUCACCAUCAUGCCCAAGGACAUCCAGCUCGCCCGCCGCAUCAGAGGCGAAAGGGCUUAGGCUUCCUUUCUAUUGUAUCGCUCUGUUUGAUUCGGUUUCAGAAUUAGCGGUUGUGGUUAUGGCUGUGUAUUGAUUAGUAGUGGAGAAGUUGUAAUCGUAAUCGCAAAUUUCAAUGGAAAACCCCUCAAUUUCCGUUCAGAUCUAUUUCCAUUUCAAUUUAAUUAGCCUAACAAUUCUUCAUCUUGUUUAAUUAAUCUAAUUUGGUUCGCAUAAUUGAAUUAAAAUGAAGCGUCUAAGCGACG